CUAGUUAAUUGCGGCGGCUGCUGCUUUUUCGGCCAACAUGGAACUCGGUGCGGGAUUUAUCACGAACGGAUUUUAAGACACCGCGCUUGGGGGAAAAUGGCCGAGAGGCUGGAAUGGGUGGAGAUCAUCGAGCCGCGCACGCGGGAGCGCAUGUACGCCAACCUGCUGACGGGCGAGUGCGUGUGGGACCCCCCGCCGGGCGUCCGCAUCAAGCGCACGGGCGACAACCAGUGGUGGGAGCUGUUCGACCCCAACACCUCGCGCUUCUACUACUACAACGCCUCCACGCAGCGCACCGUCUGGCACCGCCCCCAAGGCUGCGACAUCAUCCCGCUGGCCAAGCUGCAGACGCUCAAGCAGCACACGGACGGCGCCGAGCCGCGUCCGGCGAGCGGGGGCGGCGCCUCGGCCGACAACAGUCCGGGUCGCAACAGCGGCGUCAGCCGGGAGGGAAGCACCUCCUCCUCGCUGGACCAGGAGGCGAGCGACAAGCAGGGCGGGAAAGAGGAGGCGGAGCGGACGUCCCCCUUCAGGUGGAAUACAGGUACGAAGGAGCGUAUGCUGAUCAAGGUGACGGACAGGGAGCCCAGCUUCUUGGCCCACCAGGGUAACGGCUACUCUCCCUGCGACCCCCCCACACCAGGAGCCCUGUCGGGAGGGGGCACGGCAUCGCGGACCCGCCGUUCUUCCGGAGGCCACCCGCCCUCGGAAGCCGACGGCUCGCCCGUCCUCUAUGCCGAGCGCCGCCACUCCCCCUUCAUGAAGCGGGCAGAGCUGGGCGGCACACAGCGCCGCUCGUCCGCCGACUCCCAGCCUUCGUCGCCGCGCUACGCCUACGAGCCACCGCUGUACGAGGAGCCGCCUUCCGAGUACCAGCCCCCGCCCAUCUACGAGGAGCCUCCGUCUGACAUCCACCUGUCCGACUCCUCCUUCUACGGCACAGGCAAGUCCCCUGCUCGCAAGACUUCGGCGCCGCUCUACCACUCCCCCAAGCAGUCCCCGUACGGCCAGCUGGUUCUGACCCGCCAGAAGUGUCCGGAAAAGACACAGAGUCUGGAGUACAGUCCUGUGGGCAAGGAGUAUGUCAAGCAGCUGGUCUACGUCGAGCAGUCAUCCUCCAGCCCCCGCUUUAAGACCACCGACCGCAUGCUGCGUUACGGGACCACCGGAGGCUACGGCGGCUCCUACGGGGGCUCCUACACUCUGCAGCACAGCCAGUCUCUGAUCAGGGAUCCCCGCCUGCUGCUGGACUACAGCGGCGAGGGUGGCGAGGGGGGACAGAGGCUGCUUUAUGAGGACUCGGUGUCCUGGUCCAGCCACACUCACUCCCUGUCCUCGUCCUCCGCCGGCCCUUUCUCUCCCGGUGGGAACCGCAAACGAAAAAGCCGCAAGCCGUCGCUUCCGCAGGAGCUGGCCCGCUGCGGCGCCCCUGACGGGGACUUGGUGGGCACGGCGUCGGAGGCCAUGCUAGCCCAGGCCCGGCUGGCCUGGGAGGCGCAGCAGGUGAUGAAGCAGCGGAGCAGCUGGGACUCGGACCAGGGAUGCGGUCUGCAAGGCUCCAAGGACGGAUACGAGAGCGACGGCGCCGUACCUCCGCCCCUGCCGGGCCCCGUGGUGAGGGCCUUCAGCGAAGAUGAGGCGCUGGCCCAGAGUGACGGCCACCACUGGAAGCGCAGCACCUUUGAGAGGCUGGGCUUCCCCCAGGCCCUGCUGGAAAAAAGCCUUUCAGUCCAGACCAGCCUGGCGUCCCCCGAGCCCUACCUGCACCCGUCACAGUCGGAGGACCUCGGCGCCUGCGCCCAAUUCGAGGCCAGCCGCAACGCCAGGAACAUGAUGCCGAGCGCCAGCUGUGGAGUUUUCCCAGAAUUCACCCUGAGAAAGCCCUCGUCUGAGACCGACAUAGAGAACUGGGCGUCCAAGCAUUUCAACAAACACACGCAGGGUCUGUUCAGAAGAAAGGUGUCCAUCGCCAACAUGCUGGCGUGGAGCAGCGAGCCCAUCAAAAAGCCGAUGAUUGUCACGUCGGACCGCAGCGUGAAGAAAGAGGCGGUGGACAUCUUCAAGCUGAUCCAGACCUACAUGGGGGACCGGCGCACCAAAGUGGACCCCUCAAAUGUGGCCCUGGAGGUGGUGGUCCGCGGGUGGAGCAACCAGGGCUUGCGUGACGAGCUCUACAUCCAGCUGUGUCGCCAAACCACGGAGAACUUCCGCUACGACAGCCUGGAGCGCGGCUGGGAGCUGAUGGCGAUCUGCCUGGCUUUCUUCCCCCCGACCCCGCGCUUCCACAACUACCUGGAGGGGUACAUCUGCCGACACAUGGACCCCCUCAACGACACCAAGGGAGUAGCCAUCAGCAGCUACGCCAAACACUGCAACAGGAAGUUGACCAAGGCAGCUCUGACCGGCGCCAAGAAGGGUCUGCAGAAGCCAUGCUUGGAGGAGAUCCAACAUGCCAGGAACGCCAUCUUCAGUCCCUCCAUGUUCGGCUCAUCCCUGGAGGAGGUCAUGGCCUUGCAGAAGGAGCGAUACCCGGACCACCAGCUGCCCUGGGUCCAGACCCGCUUGUCCGAGGAGGUUCUGGGCCUAAACGGGGACCAGACGGAAGGCAUCUUCAGGGUACCAGGAGACAUUGAUGAAGUGAACGCCCUCAAGCUGCAGGUGGACCAGUGGAAAAUCCCAACAGGACUAGAAGACCCUCACAUUCCAGCCUCCCUGCUCAAGUUCUGGUACCGCGAGCUGGAGGAGCCGCUCAUCCCUCACGAGUUCUACGACGAGUGCAUCAAGCACUACGACAACGCGGAGGCGGCGGUCAACGUGGUGCUGGGUCUGCCGCACAUCAACAAACUGGUCCUCUGCUACCUGGUCCGCUUCCUGCAGGUGUUCGGGCAGCCCGCCAACGUGUCCGUCACCAAGAUGGACGUCAACAACCUGGCCAUGGUCAUGGCCCCCAACUGUCUACGCUGCCAGUCGGACGACCCCCGGGUGAUCUUCGAGAACACCCGCAAAGAGAUGUCCUUCAUCCGCGUCCUCGUCCAGCGGCUGGACACCAGCUUCAUGGACGGCAUCCUAUAGCCGAAGGCGUUCGCUCCUCGGCCGGACUUUGCGGGUCACAUGACUGCGUGCCUUCGCGUACCUUUUAUAGACGUGCCUGCAGGGAUCCCGUCCGCCUCUCUGGUCACGUGACUCGUCCCCCUGCUGUCUUGGCAGCUAAGGCUCACUGCCGCCAACCGCCUGAGGCCCCGCCCACAUCCAUAUACCCCCCGCCCACUACUAAUUUGUGAAUGUCUUUGUGCGCCGUGUCAUUGUUUACGACUGUGGCUUGUUUAUUUCAGAUUAUUUAACAUGUUGUUUCUUUAACUUUGUAAUUUAUUUUGUAUUUAUUUGAUGCCUUUUUGUCGGUGUGUGUGUGUCCUGCUCACACAUGUGCAAUAGUGUGUGUGGUGACGUAGGCUCGGUGUACAUGAACUGUACAGAAUAGAGAUGCGCGGAUGAAAUCAACUAGCCCUGAAAAUGGAUGGCGCUGGAGCCU